AUGCAAAUUCCGUCAAAGCCUUUGCAACCAGAUUUCUCCAACGGAAAGCUAUACGUUGAUGCUUAUCAUACUCUGUUUUCCGGAACGGGGAUUCAUUUUUUGAACGAGGGAAAUAAUAUUGAUCGUUUUGAUUACGCAAAUGGAUACUGCAUCUUUGAAUUUGAUCUUACUCCUGAUUUUUCUGCAAAUUGUCAAUCACACUGGAAUCUCGUUAAACAUAGCAGCCUUCGUACUGAGCUUCGUGUAAAAGAAACACUACAACGAACUAUUCAUUGUAUAGUUUACGCAGAAUACGACAAUGUCCUGGAAAUUGACGCGUCCAGGCAGGUUAUAGUAGAUUACAGCGGUUAA